GACUCCCGGCAGAUCCUCCCAGAGGACGGUUUGAAACGCAGGAAGGCAGAGAGGGCACCUGGGAAGAGGCGGUGGGAGGGCGGAGGGCGGGGGCUGGGGCUCGGCCCAGAGCCUUCGGGGUGGACAUCCUGGGCAGGGCAGGUGGCCGAGGUGUGAAGAGGGGAGGAUGCGACUCUCCAAAACCCUUGUCGACAUGGACAUGGCCGACUACAGUGCUGCGCUGGACCCAGCCUACACCACCCUGGAGUUUGAGAAUGUGCAGGUGUUGACAAUGGGCAAUGACACAUCCCCAUCAGAAGGUGCCAACCUCAACGCACCCAACAGCCUGGGUGUCAGCGCCCUGUGUGCCAUCUGUGGGGACCGGGCCACAGGCAAGCACUAUGGUGCCUCAAGCUGUGACGGCUGCAAGGGCUUCUUCCGGAGGAGUGUAAGAAAGAACCACAUGUACUCCUGCAGAUUUAGCCGGCAGUGCGUGGUGGACAAAGACAAGAGGAACCAGUGCCGCUACUGCAGGCUCAAGAAGUGCUUCCGGGCUGGCAUGAAGAAGGAAGCCGUCCAGAAUGAACGGGACCGGAUCAGCACUCGCAGGUCGAGCUACGAGGACAGCAGCCUGCCCUCCAUCAACGCGCUCCUGCAGGCCGAGGUCCUGUCCCAGCAGAUCACCUCCCCUGUCUCUGGAAUCAAUGGUGACAUUCGGGCAAAGAAGAUCGCCAGCAUCGCGGAUGUGUGUGAAUCCAUGAAAGAGCAGCUGCUGGUGCUUGUCGAGUGGGCCAAGUACAUCCCAGCUUUCUGCGAGCUCCCCCUGGACGACCAGGUGGCCCUGCUCAGAGCCCAUGCUGGCGAGCACCUGCUGCUCGGAGCCACCAAGCGCUCCAUGGUGUUCAAGGACGUUCUGCUUCUAGGCAAUGACUACAUCGUCCCUCGGCACUGCCCAGAGCUGGCAGAGAUGAGCCGUGUAUCCGUGCGCAUCCUGGAUGAGCUGGUGCUGCCCUUUCAGGAGCUGCAGAUCGAUGACAACGAGUACGCCUGCCUCAAAGCCAUCAUCUUCUUUGACCCAGAUGCCAAGGGGCUGAGCGACCCGGGCAAGAUCAAGAGGCUGCGUUCCCAGGUGCAGGUGAGCCUGGAGGACUACAUCAACGACCGCCAGUACGACUCACGCGGCCGCUUCGGCGAGCUGCUGCUGCUGCUGCCUACCCUACAGAGCAUCACCUGGCAGAUGAUCGAGCAGAUCCAGUUCAUCAAGCUCUUUGGCAUGGCCAAGAUCGACAACCUGCUGCAGGAGAUGCUGCUGGGAGGGUCCUCCAGUGAUGCACCUCAUGCCCAUCACCCCCUGCACCCCCACCUGAUGCAGGAACACAUGGGCACCAACGUCAUUGUUGCCAACACGAUGCCUGCUCACCUCAGCAACGGACAGAUGUGUGAGUGGCCCCGACCCAGGGGGCAGGCAGCCACCCCUGAGACUCCACAGCCCUCGCCGCCAGGUGGCUCGGGGUCUGAGCCCUACAAGCUCCUGCCAGGAGCCAUCGCCACGAUCGUCAAGCCCCCCUCUGCAAUCCCACAGCCAACCAUCACCAAGCAGGAAGUCAUCUAGCAAGUCACUAGGGGCAGGGGGCUCUGCCGGCCCCCCCCGGCCCCCUCAGAGAGCCCCUGAUGGUCACUUGGUCACAGUGAAGAAAGCUGUGACAACAGGGCCAGUCCCAGAGCAGUAAUGGAAAGGGCGAGGGCCCUAGAACUUGGGCUACGGGCCACAUCGCACUGCCACCCCUUCACUACCCGCUCCGGUGACGGGGCUGUGACUCGGGGAGACCCCAGCUGAAACAUCCUCCGCUGUCUUGGACAACUUUUCUCCUGCCGAAGCCA